GAGUCGCAGUGGCGCGGGAGGGGGCACUGCCUGCUGAGCACCCGCCCCAGCACAGUCUCGGCCUGCUCGCCAUGGACGACGAAGAUGUCGCCAACCGCAAGGUCUCCUUCCGAAAGUGCCUGGAGCACCUCUCCGGGGCCGGCAAGGCCAUCGGAGUGCUGACCAGCGGCGGGGAUGCCCAAGGUAUGAACGCCGCUGUCCGUGCCGUGGUGCGCAUGGGAAUAUACGUGGGGGCCAAAGUGUACUUUAUCUAUGAGGGUUACCAAGGCAUGGUCGAUGGCGGCAGAAACAUUGUUGAAGCCAGUUGGGAGAGCGUCUCGAGCAUUCUCCAAGUGGGAGGGACCAUUAUCGGCAGUGCUCGUUGCAAAGCCUUCCGCACUCGGGAAGGUCGCCUGAGAGCUGCUCAUAACUUGGUUCAGCGGGGCAUCACUAACCUGUGUGUGAUCGGCGGGGAUGGAAGUCUCACAGGGGCCAAUAUCUUCCGGAAAGAGUGGAGCGGGCUGUUGGAAGAGCUGGCCCAAAAUGGCGAGAUCGACAAGGAGCAGGUGCAGAAGCACUCGUACCUCAACGUUGUGGGCAUGGUGGGUUCCAUCGACAAUGACUUCUGUGGGACUGACAUGACUAUCGGCACCGACUCUGCCUUGCACAGGAUAAUCGAGGUUGUCGACGCCAUCAUGACCACCGCCCAGAGCCACCAGAGGACCUUUGUUCUCGAGGUUAUGGGGAGACACUGCGGGUACCUCGCCCUGGUGAGCGCCCUGGCCUGUGGAGCAGACUGGGUGUUCCUUCCGGAAUCCCCACCAGAAGAAGGCUGGCAGGAGAAUAUGUGCAUCAAGCUGUCCGAGAACCGUGCCCGGAAAAAAAGACUGAAUAUCAUCAUUGUGGCUGAAGGAGCCAUAGAUACCCAAAAUAAACCUAUUACCUCUGAGCAAAUCAAGGAGCUCGUGGUCAAGCAGCUGGGAUACGACACGCGGGUGACCAUCCUUGGACACGUGCAGAGAGGUGGGACUCCUUCGGCCUUUGACAGGAUUUUGGCCAGUCGCAUGGGGGUGGAGGCUGUGGUCGCCCUUCUCCAGGCCACCCCGGAGACCCCGGCCUGCGUGGUGUCGCUGAGCGGGAACCAGGCCGUGCGCCUGCCACUGGUGGAGUGCGUGCAGAUGACCCAGGACGUGCAGAGGGCCAUGGACGAGAGGAGGUUUAAGGAUGCUGUGCGGCUCCGCGGGAGGAGCUUCGAGAGCAAUCUGAACACCUACAAGAGGCUCGCCAUCAAGUUGCCGGAUGAUCAGAUCGUGAAGAGCAACUGUAACGUGGCCAUCAUCAAUGUGGGGGCGCCCGCCGCCGGGAUGAAUGCUGCUGUGCGCUCGGCCGUGCGCGUGGGCAUCGCGGAUGGGCACAAGAUGCUCGCCAUCUACGACGGCUUUGAGGGCUUUGCCAAAGGCCAGAUCAAGGAAAUCGGCUGGGGGGACGUCGGAGGUUGGACUGGCCAAGGAGGCUCCAUUCUCGGGACCAAACGCACGCUGCCUGGGAAGUCUUUGGAGGACAUUGCCGCACAGAUGCGAAAGCACAGCAUCAACGCGCUGUUGAUCGUCGGUGGAUUUGAGGCUUACCUGGGACUGCUCGAGCUGUCAGCUGCCCGGGACAAGUACGAGGAGCUCUGUGUCCCUAUGGUUAUGGUCCCCGCCACGGUCUCCAACAAUGUGCCGGGCUCCGACUUCAGCAUCGGCGCAGAUACCGCUCUGAACACCAUCACUGACACGUGUGACCGCAUCAAACAGUCAGCCAGUGGGACCAAGCGCCGCGUGUUCAUCAUCGAGACCAUGGGGGGCUACUGUGGCUACCUGGCCAACAUGGGGGGGCUCGCCGCUGGAGCCGACGCUGCCUACAUUUUUGAGGAGCCGUUUGACAUCCGAGACCUGCAGUUUCAGGGUGAGGACAGAGUUCCCCUGCACACCUGGCCCACACCCAGCAACACCCCACCAGGGUGGGACCGUUGUCAGAACAGAUGCCCCCCACCCCACGCUGAUGCAUCCUCAGCACCUGGGGCCACAGCCGACAUCAGUGUUCCCUUUGGGAUCCUAAGGCUGACAUGCGCUUUUUCCAAAUCGGCAAAGAAAGCCCCCUCAAGACCGUGCUCAGCGAGCGCAUAUCUCCGCUCCGGCACAUGGACCCGAACCACUGUGAGGACGACUGAGUCCAACGUGGAGCACCUGACGGAGAAAAUGAAGACCACCAUUCAGAGGGGACUCGUGCUCAGGAACGAGAGCUGCAAUGAGAACUACACCACGGACUUCAUCUACCAGCUGUACUCUGAGGAGGGCAAGGGCGUGUUCGACUGCAGGAAGAAUGUGCUGGGACACAUGCAGCAGGGUGGAGCGCCUUCACCCUUUGAUAGAAACUUUGGAACCAAAAUCUCUGCCAGGGCCAUGCAGUGGAUCAGCACGAAACUGAAGGAGGCUCCGGGCAAAGGAAAAAGAUUUAUGAGCGAUGAUUCCAUCUGCGUGCUGGGAAUAAGCAAGAGAAACCUUCUUUUCCAACCUGUGGCCCAGCUGAGGCAGGAGACAGACUUUGAGCACAGGAUCCCCAAAGAGCAGUGGUGGCUGAAGCUGCGGCCGCUCAUGAAGAUCCUGGCCAAGUACAAGGUCAGCUACGAGGUCUCCGACUCCGACCAGCUGGAGCCCAUGCACCACCGAGGCCACGAGGAGCCUGCCGCCAUCUAGACGCUGCUGGACCCGCCCCGCCCGGCCAGCGCCGCUCCAGACUUCCGUUUACCACCCAUUUUUGUAACACUUAAGUUAUUUAUCGGCACUUUGAUGCGAGUACUGUUGAUGUUAAUGCCUAGUCACAGAGACCCCGUCCAGUGUCCUUCAUCCCCAGGGGACCCUAAAACUCCAGCACGAGCUGUCGGCUGUGUCUCCUACUGUGUCCUGCUUUAAACUGUGCGUAGCCAGUAGAAUUAAACAUUUAGCUCAAACUCCAAA